CUGUGGACAGAGCUGCCCAUGGAAACCGGGAACAGGACAAGUGUCCAGGAAUUCACCCUGGAGGGGUUUCCCGCUGUCCAGCACCUGGGGAAGGUCCUCUUCCCAGUGCACCUGCUGGCGUACCUGGCGUCCAUGACAGGAAAUGCAGUCAUAGUCACCAUCACCUGUGCCGAUUCCCGGCUCCAGACACCCAUGUACUUUCUCCUCAGCAUCUUCUCCUUCUGUGAGUGUUGUUUCACAAGCACUGUUAUUCCCAAGUUGUUGGCCAUCUUCCUUUUAGGCAGGCAAACGAUUUCCUUCGCUGCCUGUUUCAUACAAGCCUUUGUCUUUGUGUUUCUGGGAGCCUCAGGGUUCCUCCUCAUCGCUGUGAUGUCUCUGGACCGCUGUGUGGCCAUCUGCAGGCCUCUGCAUUACCCCAGCAUCAUGAACCUGCGGACUUGCUUCCUGCUGGUCGCUGCCUGCUUUGCCGUAUGCUUCGCUCUCAUCAGUGCUCUCGUGGUGAGGGUGUCUCAGUUGUCCUUCUGUGGCUCUCACGUCAUCCCCCAUUUCUUUUGUGACCUCGGCCCUCUGAUCCAUCUCUCCUGUUCUGACACCCGAUCUGUAGAAAUGCUGGUCUUUGGCCUCGCUUUGCUUAUCAUUUUGUCAUCCCUCCUUGUCACCAUCACCGCGUACAGCAAUAUCGUAGUCACCAUCGUGCGGCUCCCAUCAGCCAGGGAGCGACAGAAAGCUUUCUCCACCUGCUCGUCUCACCUCAUCGUCCUCUCCCUGAUGUACGGCAGCUGCGUCUUUAUAUACAUGAAACCGAAGCAGAAGAGCAGGCUGGACUCCAACAGAGAGGCCGCCCUCGUGAACACGGUACUGACCCCACUGCUGAACCCUGUCAUCUACACCCUGCGCAACAAGCAGGUGCACCGGGCUCUCAGGGAGACUAUGCACAGAAUGAAAAAAUCAAGAUAA